UUAAAUGAUAAUAAUAAUAAUAAUAAUAAUAAUAAUAAUUAUAAUAGUAAUGUAAAUGGUAUAGAUUUUGAAAAUAAUUUAAAUUAUAUUAGCAAUAAUAAUAAUAAUAAUAAAAAUAAUGGCAAUAAUAAUAAUAAUCCAGUAGAGGAACUACCUAGUUUACACAUUAGCAAUUUAGAUAGUUUAAAACCAACAAAACCACAUUCUUCAACAAAUAAAAAUAAUAAAAAUAAUAAUAAUAAUAAUAAUGAUAAAGAUAUAGAUAUGUUUGCAAAACCAAAUAAAAAUAAUAAAUUUAAAGGUCAUAAAUUACCAAGAUGGUCAAAAGAAAGUGAAAAUCCAUUCAAUAAAAUUGAUUCUAGUUAUAAGAAAAACGAAGCAAAGAAUAUAGAAAGAGCAAAUAAAGUUAAAGAUGCAAUGAAAUUUGCAUGGGAUUCUUAUAAAGCAAAUGCAUGGGGUCAUGAUGAAUGGUUACCAACACGAGAGGGUAACAGUGAUUGGUUAGGCGGUUUUGGUUUAUCAAUUGUUGACUCAUUGGAUACACUUAAAAUUAUGGGUUUACAAGAAGAAUUAAAUGAUGGUAAAGAUUGGGUUAAGCGUUUAAAUCACGUAAGGGCGGGUGAUAAAAUUUCAGUAUUUGAAGCAAAUAUUAGAUAUUUAGGUUCCUAUUUGGCAAUGUAUGAUUUAACAGGUGACGAAGUUUAUAAAAAUAAAGCAAAAGAAUUUGGUGAUAUUUUAAUGCAUUCAUUUGGAUCAGACCCAUUUCCAGCAAGUUUUUUAGGAUUUUUAGAUCAUGAAACUAGAAUUCCGGGAUGGACAGGUUCAUGUGUAAUUUUAUCAGAAUUUGGAACAAUGUCAUUAGAGUUUUCACGUCUUUCAGAUAUAACAGGCGAUCCAAAAUAUAAAAAGAAAACUGAUGGUAUCAUUCAAGCACUUAUGAAAAUGAAACCACAACUUAAAGGUCUUUACCCAGUUUUUAUUUCACAAGAUGGCAAACGUUUUUGUAAUAACCAAGUUUCAAUUGGUGCUAUGGGUGACUCUUAUUAUGAAUACCUCUUAAAGAUGUGGAUGUAUACUGAUGGCAGGGAAGAAUUGUACUCUAAAUUAUUUGAAGAAGCAGCAGAUUCAAUUAUUGAACACCUUUAUAAGGUUAGUCCAGGUGGUAAUGGUUAUAUUUCCACUUAUGAAUAUGGUUCAACAUCAAAGAAACAAGAACAUUUAACAUGCUUUGCUGGUGGUAUGUUUGCCUUGGCUGCUGCCUCUGGAAUUUCAUCUAAAGAUAAUAAAAAUAAGCACUAUAUGGAAGUUGGCGCUGAAAUCACUAGAACCUGUGCACAAACUUAUUUAGAAUCACCAUCAGGUUUGGGUGCAGAAAUUUUCGUAUUUGAAGAUAAUGGUAAAAUCCGUCAAUCUGGUCCAGGUACCACAACUUGGUAUUUCUUAAGACCAGAAACUGUCGAAUCUAUUUUCAUUCUAUGGCGUUUGACUGGUGAUGAAAAAUAUCAAGAAUGGGGUUGGAAAAUUUUUGAAGCCAUUGAAAAGUACUGCAGAUUAGAAAAUGGUUAUGCUGGCUUAAAAGAUGUCAACAAUAUAAAGGAUAUCCAUCAAGACGAGGUUCAACAAAGUUUCUUUAUGGCAGAAACUCUCAAAUAUAUUUAUUUAAUAUUUAAAGACUCUAAUACCAUUCCACUAGAUAAAUAUGUUUUCAAUACAGAAGCACAUCCAUUUUUAAUUAAUUACUAAAUUUAAAAAGAAAAAACAAAAAAAAAAAACCACUAAAAUAAUAAUAGUAUAAUGUAAUAAUAUUUUAAUAAAUAAAAAAAUAUUUUAUAUUUUUAUGGUUCUUUUUUUUUUUUUAAAAAAAAAGAAUUUUAUUUUUGAUAAUGU